AUGCAAAAAUGUUUUAAGAUACAUCCUAUAAGUAUGUCUGAGCCAUCAGUACGCGAAAAGCCGCUGAUACGCGAAGAAGAGCCGCCAUUACGCGACGAAGUUUCACCGAUAAGCGAAGAAUCGUCAAUACGCGAAAAAGUUUCGUCGAUUCGCGAACAUUCAUCGAUACGAGAGGAAGUUUCGUCAAUAGGCGAACAAGUUUCGUCAUUACGCGAAGAUUCGCUAAUACGCGAAGAAAAUUCGUCAAUUCCCGAAGAAGAUUCGUCAAUAAAGGAAGAAGUUUCGUCAAUACACAAAGAUGUUUCAACGAUACGCGAAGAUUCGCUAAUACGCGAAGAAAAUUCGUCAAUUCCCGAAGAAGAUUCGUCAAUUCCCGAAGAAGAUUCGUCAUUAAGCGAAGACGGUCCGCCAAUACGUGAAGUUAUAGCUAAGGUCAUCUCUCCCGAAGUAAUAUGUGGAGCCACACUGCUGGGGAAGAUGACGCAUGUGCAGAGGGUUCAGCGACAUCUACAAAUAGCAGCCAUCCCGGUGAUGACCCAACUUUGGAUACCGGGGACCCGUGACCCGGACACAGGUGGGCCAUCCCGGACACACAUUGCGGAGCUACCAGAGUCUUGUCUUCUUAGGGUGUUUUUCUACCUCGACGAGGCCCAGCUCGGUCGGGUCGCCCGAACAUGCACGACCUGGCGCCGAAUUGCUUACGACUGCUCCUUAUGGACCCGAGUCGACCUCCGAAGAUAUCAAGAUAAGAUCGACGAACUUCGACUCACUAAGAUCAUACAAUCACGUAUGAGUCCGCUGCUUUACAAGCUCAACCUUAGCGGGCUCACCUUGUCGCCGAGAGUGUUCCGAUUACUAGCCAAAGAAUGCAAGAAACUUCGGGUUUUAAGUCUAGAGUCGUCGACAUUUGUUGAGCAAUUUGAGGACGCGGUGAAUUCUUUUCCUAGGAACUUAGACUACUUGGAUAUACGGCAUACUACUGGAGACAAAAGCGCGUUCAAAAUAAUCGCAUUAACUUUACAAGGCGUACGGUGUCUUGGACUAAAUGACGAAAUCAUUAAAAGUUCUCAGGACAAAUCAGAAAAUCUAGAAAAGAUGUUUUCAGGAUUCUCUGCUACAAAGAUCUUAGAAUUCAGCUACUGCACCAAACUGAGCGAUGACAUGGUCGGUCACCUUGCAGCGUUUGGACUACGCCUUGAAUCCCUCUGCCUGCGGCGAUGUAACUCCAUAAUAGGCAAAUCCCUUCCAUUGCUGAUCAACUCCUGUACUCUCCUUACAUCACUUGUCCUUGACGGUACAUCAAUAGACGACGACGCCCUUAUGUCAGUACCUUGGGAGAAUUCAAUAAUCUCUGACGUUGAUCUAUCCUGGUGUCGGCACUUAACCGAAGUCGGUCUCUGCGCAAUUCUCCCUAAGCUGUCGCGGUUACGGUAUCUAAGGAUCUGUUGCUGUGGUUACGGGCACGCCUUGACAGACCAUGUCCUUGAGGAGAUGGCCGUGAGAAAAUACGCAUGUCUAGAAAUCAUGGACGUUAGUUACAGUAACAGCAUCAGCAAUAGCGCGCUUGCUCUGUUGAUAGCGAGCACUGAAUCGCUGAGCUAUCUACGCAUGCAUCACUGUCGUAACAUUACGCCAGACAUUAUCGAUCUUAUUCGACCUGAUUCCAAGGUGUUCAUCGUGGCGAAUUUCCCUAUGGAAUUUGACAAGUUGAAUAACAAUAUGAUUAUGAAGAGCGCAGUGAACUCUUGCGUGGACCGUUGGCCGACACCGAUGAGAAUGAGAAAAUUGGCCCUGGAAAGCGUAAUGUCGUGGAAGUAAUUCAGAUGACGGGGUUUAAAAGUUAUUAUAAGCUGCUUCACAAGGGCAAGAUGCAGAGUAAAUUAUAUGCUAUUAAAUAAUAUGAUCGAGUGCUUUUGUCUUUCAUGGUAAAAAGAAAUUGGCAGCAUUGAAUUAAUUUAAAAAAAGGUCCUUCAUUCAAAAAGCAUUAAUUUCGAACACACACGCACAAAUAAAAGCUUGAAACCAAACCAAAAGAUAAAUUUAAAAUCAAUUACUCUUAUAUUGGACUUAACCGUACUCAAAAACGUGACUCGAGACUGAUACCACAAGGAGCCCAAGAUCACAGUUAGUUUUUUGGGAGGUUUUGUGAGAAAUUCUUAAUAAAAAAACACGAAACUCGUC